AUGAAUCGUGCCAUUCUUUCUCUAUUUCGCCAGCAGAGUCCACUGCUUCGACGUGCGUUGCACAAAGGAGUUGAGUCAACACCACCGUUGCGUUACACCUCGAACGCUGAAUGCGUUGCUCUGUAUUUGCUGAUUGCCGUGACGUUUUUGUCGUAUCCAUCAUACGUAUUGGUCAACUUGGACAAAAUGCGCCCGAGGGGGUCGGGUAGUGCUGUAUAG